GAGCAGCGGCACCAGCCUUCCACCAGGGAGCCGGAGCUCCCGCCCUCCUCCCCCAUCUGCAGCCUGCUGGCUCCCUCUCUCCCUCUGUCUCACUCACUCUCUCUCUCUCUCUCUUUCUCUCCCUCUCGUAUCGCAGCACAAUGAAAGCCUGUGUUUCGCCGUGAGUCCGAGGAGCGGGAGUCGGUGUCAGGAAAGCGCUCGGAACGGACCUGAAAGAGAAAGGAAAAUACAAGCGACUUUUUUUUUCUUCUCCCCCCCCCCCAAUCUAUAACGCGAAGCAUUACAAGAGAUAGAGCCACAUUGCCUUUGGGAGUCCAGACCCUCUGAGGCACUGGCCCGGCGUGGAAUGUACAAAAGUGGACAGAAAAGUGGCUGGACAUGACUCGGUGCAAUUUGCUGGAAGUUUGUAAGUUUGACCAUCGUUUGUAAAUUACUCUCGGAAGACUUUGUCUCUCUUGAUACUGUGUUAGAAUAGAAGCGGGGGGUGAGGAAUUAAAAUUAAGUGGGAAAGGGGGAAAUGUGUUGAAGGAGCUCUCUGGGUAGCCAGCCACUUGAGCCUGCUUUCAUUUAAGACUAAGAAACCUAAGAGGGGAUCGGGAUUUUUGCCGGGGAUUGGAUUAGCUUGAAGAAAAGAGCAUGGUUCUGAAGUCCAAUUACAGACGUUGUUAAGACUGAAAAGCUGUCUUCUUUGGGGAGAAGACUGCAUCCUACUCUACCCCCAAGAAGGAGAAAGCACCAACACCGGAGGGAGAGAAAGGGACGGAGAAACCAACAUAGUCUUCCUGGAUUUCGCACAGUUUGAACAUGACUUCGGAAGCCUUGGGAAACAGUCCUGUUGUUUAUUUUUUAACCUGAGUGAAAGUGAAGGCUGCCGGUUCAUAGCCCCCGGGAGAAAUGUGUUUCUCUGCAGAGACACCCCUAUAAAUAAUUUCCCGAAGAAGCGAGGUGAGGGGGAGCCCGGAUCUCUAUUAAUGACUCUUUUGAUUCCUUUUGCUAUGUGCUUCUGCUUCUUCCUUGACAAUCCCUGAAUUCUUGAACCGUCCCCCAGACUUUGUGUUUACUAAGUACCUAGAGGCUCUUGUCAGCCUGGUAGGGGAGGAAAAAAAAAAUCUACCAACUCUGUCCAACUUCUCCUGAGCUGUCAAAUGCAAUUAGAGUAAGUUGAUCAGGGUUUGUUUCCAACUUCCUCUCUCCAAUUGGUUUCUAAUCUUUCUCCCCACCCUGUUGUUACUCGCUCCCCUCCCCCACACCUUCUCCACUGCCUCCCCACUCUCUGAAGACCCCUCCCCCACACCUUCUCCACUCUCUCCCCACCCUCAGAAGACCUCUAUUCAUGUGGCCCUGAACACUGAAACCCGCUUUGCCCGCAAUAGCCAACACCAGCCUCUUGCACCUCACCACACCAGAGGCAGUAAUCAUUGUGUCCAACAAGAUGGGGGACACAGCGCCCCCGCAGGCCCCCGCAGGAGGGUUGGGGGGGGCUUCUGGGGCGGGGCUCCUUGGAGGGGGUUCAGUCACCCCGAGAGUGCACAGUGCCAUUGUGGAACGCCUGCGGGCUCGCAUUGCUGUCUGCCGACAGCACCACCUGAGCUGUGAAGGACGCUAUGAACGUGGUAGGGCCGAGAGCUCAGACCGAGAAAGGGAAAGCACCAUGCAGCUUCUUAGCCUGGUCCAGCAUGGCCAGGGGGCAAGGAAGGCUAGCAAACAUGCUAAGGCUACAGCCACGACUGCCACCACCACAGCCCCUCCACCGCCCCCUACUGCCCCUCCUGUGGCCUCCCAGGCAGCAAGCACAGCCCCACCACCUCCACCAGACUAUCACCAUCACCAUCAGCAGCACCGGCUGACCAGUAAUGAUAACGGUGGGAUAAACCGAGAGCAGCAGCCGCCAGCUUCGACCCCGGGGGACCAGCGGAACUCAGCCCUGCUUGCGCUCCAGGGCUCUUUGAAAAGAAAACAAAUAGUCAACCUGUCUCCUGCCAACAGCAAGAGGCCCAAUGGCUUCCCUGACAGCUCAUUUCUUGACAUCAAAAGGAUCAGAGUUGGGGAGAACUUUUCGACGGGUCAGGGGUCCCUCCCGGUGAAUAAUGGACAAAGUCAUAUGAUGCCAGGGCCCUUGCCCAUGAAUCAAGCACCCCUGAGGAAGACUAAUGCUCUACCACCUUCUGCACAUUCUCCUGGCAACAACUUGUUUAACAUGGGUUUAAAAGAGGUGAAGAAAGAACCUGGGGAGACCCUGUCUUGCAGUAAGCACAUGGAUGACCAACUGACGCAGGAGAGUGUUUUUACUAACAGGUUUGGGGACGACCCUGGAGAUCAACUGAUGGACCCUGAGCUGCAGGAACUGUUCAAUGAACUGACCAACAUAUCAGUGCCUCCCAUGAGCGACCUGGAGCUGGAGAACAUGAUCAAUGCUACCAUUAAGCAGGACGACCCGUUUGGCAUUGACUUGGGUCAGCAGAGCCAGAGGAGCACACCAAGACCGUCCCUGCCCAUGGAGAAGAUCAUUAUCAAAAGCGAAUAUUCCCCCGGCUUGACACCAGGCUCUCCCCAGCUGAGGCCCCCUUCAGCUGGCCCUGCAUUUUCCUUGGCCAACUCUGCACUCUCCACUUCUUCCCCAAUCCCCACAGUUCCCCAGAGUCAGCCUCAGCUCCAGACGGUAUCAGGAGCAAACAGGGCCCCGCCAAGCUGGCAAGAAGUGUCCCAUGCUCAACAGCUCAAGCAGAUAGCUGCAAACCGCCAGCAGCAUGUACGGAUGCAGCAGCAGCAGCAGCAGCAGCAGCAGCAGCAGCAGCAGCAGCAGCCACCUCCCAGCUGGCCAGCCUUGCAGUCCUCUGCUGGGCCAUCCCCAGGGGCAUUCGUACAGGAAAAAAUCCCCAGCCCUUCCUUUGGCCAGCAACCAUUCAGCCCACAGGGAUCGCCCAUGCCUGGGGUGACUGGCAGUAGCAACCAGUCCAAAGCAGCGGCCAAUUACACGUACAAGGCCAGCCCCUCCGCCCAGACGGGACACCUGGAUGUGCUUCUGCAGCAAAAGCCCCAGGAUCUCAGUCGCGGCUUUAUUAACAACCCACACCCAACCUUGGAGCCCCGACAUGGCAACACCAAGCCUUUGUUCCAUUUUAACUCAGACCAAGCAAACCAGCAGAUGCCUUCCCAGAGCAAGCCUUCUCUCCUGCAUUACACCCAGCAGCAGCAGCCACAACCGCAGCUGCAGCAGCAGCCGCAGCAGCAACAGCAGCAGCAGCAGCAACAGCAGCAAGGCUCACUGGUAGCUCAGCAGCAGCAGCAGCAGCAGCAGCAGCAGCAGCAGCAGCAGCAGCAGCAACAACAACAGCAGCAGCAACAGCAGCAGCAACAGCAGCAGCAGCAGCAGCAGCAGCAGCAGCAGCAGCAACCAUCCCAACCCACCCAAGCUUUAUCGAGCCAGCCUUUGCUAAGGUCGCCCUUGCCACUUCAGCAAAAGAUCAUGCUUCAGAAAAUGCAGAAUCAGUCCAUUGCUGGCCUGGGAUAUCAAGUCACUCAACAGCACAGACAGGAUCAACACUCUGUGGUAGGCCAGAGCACAGGCCCCAGUCCAAGUCCCAACUCCUGCUCAAAUCCAAACACUGGAAGUGGUUACAUGAACUCCCAGCAGUCCCUGUUGAAUCAGCAGAUGAUGGGGAAGAAACAGACCCUGCAGAGGCCAACCAUGGAGCAGAAGCAGCAACUUCUCCUCCAGCAGCAGAUGCUGGCUGACGCGGAGAAACUUUCCCCUCAGGAUCAGAUGAACCGACAUCUGACAAGACCGCCCCCAGACUACAAAGACCAAAGAAGAAAUGCGGGCAGCCUGCAGCCAGCUGCUCAGUAUUCUGGCGGCCCCUCUUCCGUGAGUUUAAACUCUAACCAGGCGUUGGCAAACCCAGUCUCAACGCACACCAUUUUAACUCCGAACGCCAGCCUCAUGUCUACAUCUCAUGGCAUGAGAAUGCCAUUGCUAUCCACAGUUCAGAACAUAGGGAUGUAUGGAAACCUGCCUUGUAACCAGCCUGGCACCUACAGUGUCACUUCAGCAAUGAACCAGCUGACCCAACAGAGAAAUACAACUCAACUGAUAACGAAUCAGAACAACCCUCUGAUGCCACGGCCGCCUCCCUUGGGGGCAAGUACCGGUAACAACGGGGCCGCCUUCGGGGCUGGACCUGCUGGCAGUCCACAGCAGUUAAGGCCAAAUCUGGCUCACGGGUUGGCAGGCAUGACAGCCCAGAGGUCAUCAACUGUCAUGAUCACAGCCAGCGCGACAGCAACAAACUGGGCUUCCCAAGAGGUGACAGGGAAACAACAGGAAGCCCUCAAACCCACAGGAGUCCGCUUCCCAACGAGUACACCUGCCUAUACCCCAAACCAGUCACUGCAACCAGUAGGGAGCCAGCCAUUCUCCCAGAGGGCAGUGGCGCCCCCUAGCCAGUUAACGCCGGCAGUGCAGAUGAGACCUGUGAACCAAAUGAACCAGACAUUAAAUGGGCAAACCUUGGGUCCGCUCAGGGGUUUGAACCUCAGACCCAGUCAGCUGACCACCCAGAAUCUGUCUAACAUGAACCCACCAGGGACAGGAUUGAAUCCGCCGAGGACAGGCGCCAACCAGCCUCCGUCCCUGACACCCAACACAUUUCCUUCAUCCAACCAAAGUUCUAGGGCUUUUCAAGGACCCGACCAUGGCAGCGAUUUAGCUUUUGACUUCCUCAGCCAACAGAGCGACAGCAUGGGCCCUGCCCUAAACAGUGAUGCUGACUUCAUCGAUUCUUUAUUGAAGACGGAGCCCGGCAACGACGACUGGAUGAAAGACAUCAACCUCGAUGAGAUCCUGGGGAGCAAUUCCUAAGGUGGGCGGACGGUGGCCUGGAGGCUCCAAGCAGGGUUUACCGAGGAUACUGUAACGCCGAACUGCUGAUGUCCGACUGGACUACAGACAUCAAAACAGAAGGUCGGCAGGAGCCACAGUGGUGAACAUUUUGGUUCACAUGCUUGAUUUUAAAAAUCCUGAGCCUGAGAGUGAAACAUUGAGAUCGUUUUUCUCCCUGCGUGAACUUCGGGAUUGUGUUAUGCAGUUUAUCCAAACACAACUGUGAUGCUGAUGUGUAAUUAAUUGUGUAAAAUGGUCUUCCCGAGUUCCUUUUCUCAGUGAAGGAAGUACAAUGGAACUUGAGACCUGUUUCAAUCCCACGUCGUAGAGAGGUGCUUGUUCUAAGCACCGGGCAACCGGCUGUCACCUAGUAGAUAAAUACGCUUUGACUUCUCUGUGGUUAUUUGUCCUAAAGCUUUCAGGAAAGAUGGAAAUGUUCCAUGGUUGUUUGGAGUAACCUACAGGUGUCCUACGAAAGAGAGCACCAGAGAACCUAGAAGCUAUCCAGCAGAUUAAUUGAUUUCUUUCCUAGAUGCACUCCUCAUUUUUGUAAUUUUUCCCACAUGUUUUGUGUUUUGGUGGGGUGCCGUGUCUCACGAUAAAACAGGAAUGCAGGGCUUACAACCUGACUGGGGCUUCCCUCCUAAUUUUUGUAGAUAACCAAGACUGGUCCUGAUCACACCGAAAUAUCAGUGCACAACCGCCUCCAUGGAAUGUCACUUCAAAAAAUAAAACAUUAAACCUUCCCAUGUAGGAGAGAAACAUGGCUGAGGAUAACCAGCGAUGUCACUCACUGUGGUUGCUAGCCACUGGUUUGUUCCCAAGCAGAGUGAAAUGGAGUCUUGUCCUAUUUUUUUGGUAGCCAGAGACUGGUUUUAAGGAAGGAAGGAAGGAAGGAAGGAAGGAAGGAAGGAAGGAAGGAAGGAAGGAGUGAAUUAGAGUCAGAUUAGAGAAUAUCCUGUUCUGGUUGGAGAUAAGAAACAGGGAGAGGCAUGAGAGGGCACAAAGCUCUUUCACAGAGCUCAGAGGAAACUGACAGACAAUGUAGGCCUUCCUUAGACACACUACGUGGACUUAGGUGAGCAGCUGAGCCCAAUGUGGUCUCUGUUCACUCACUCUAUUUACAAUGCAGUACGUCCUUGCCAUGUGGUGGCUGGGCCUUCUUACCCAGGUUUCCUCCCUCAGGGCUGAGUAUUAUAGCAAAAGUGCAUGUGUCUGGGUCACUGAGCCUCAGUGCCCACAGCUAUGUACACUGCAGAGUGGAGCAGGUGUCCAGGCUUGAGAGGGCUCUAAAGACCACUACCACCUUCCUAAAUCCAGAGAAACAAAGGCUACUCUCAACCUUUGAGUUAGACAUCCACACACUAAAAUACCAACUGUGACUAAGCAAGUCAUCUAAGCAACCAGUCUUCACAGACCUGUCCAGAAAGGGGACACUUUCUUUUUAAAGCUCUGCAAAAUCCCCUUCCCGUCUUUAUGAUGCCUUUGGGCUCUGUCUUUCCCACUGCACCAAUAUCACUGGCUCAGAAUCUUUUCUGGGCUGGUUUGUAAAUAUUAAUAAAUUACUUGUUUUGUAAACUUUUGUAAAGAAUAUUUUGGUAGAAAUACUUAAAACAUAUUCUUUGGAUUAUAUUUAUACAUAUGUGAAAUAAAUAUACUAUCGAAAGGUUAUAUUUUAUACAAAAAGUAAAUUGUUACCUUUUGUAUGCUAAUAUACAGAGUUUUGUAUAAUACGAUGGUUUAUUUUUAGCUCCACAUUUAAACCAUAGGUGACUGAGUGGAAACUUUGAAAAAACCACCAAGAGGCUUGUCAGGUAAAUGCGUAUCCUGAGACCUCACUCGGAAAGCAUUCCAGGUUCCCAUCCCUCCCCAGUCGCCUUCUUUUCCUGCUCAGAGCCUUCCGUUAGCCCACAGUUCCCAUAUCUCAUUUGGUGAUCCUACUGUGCACACUGUACCAGUCCCUGCUGCAUGUGUCCUACUGUGUGUCUCCCCAUUAUACAAAACAGUGUUUCCCCAUGAAGAGAAGAGAGGAAGGACAAUGUAUAUAUAUAUAAACGCCGUGAUCUCGUGACUCCUCCAGAUUGCUGUACAUAUCUGCAGCACUUCUCAGUCUCCAGCUUUGUAACUCAGCUCGUCCCACCCUAACACAAAUAGGACAUUCUACAGCAGCUGUCCAGGUGUCCAACUGAAGAGGCAAAGGAAACAAAACGGUCGGCUUUCUAUCUUAAUGUGAAUUUCAUAAUUAAUGUCUAUUUAUUCAGCUAUUCAUUAAAAUACAGGAUUCUUUGGGGGAGGGGUGGUGUGAUCUGUCGUUUUUCUGUUUGUUGGCAGCCUAUUACCAAAGAUGAUGUAAUUUUCCUGAAAGCUGAGAUAAUGACAAUUUGAUAGACAAACUCAGUAAGGGCCUCAGGAUCUACAAAUAAGAGAUACUGGGAUACCAACUCCCAUUUACAGACGUGCCAGACCACUUAAUUCCUGAUAUUGUUUAUCAUUCUGACAUAUAACAGAGAAGGUAAGAGUUGUUUCUUUUUCUUCUCCUUCCCCUUCUCCUCCUCCUCCUUCUCCCUCUCCUUCUUCUCCUUCUUCUCCUCCUUCUUCUCUGUCUCCUUCUUCUCCUUCUUCUCCUCCCCUCCUCCCCCCUCCUCCUCAUCAUCAUCCUCUUCCUCCUCCUCCCUCUAAUUAAGAGACUAGAAAGUUAUGUAGGUAAAUAAUUACUUCUUGGCUUUGUGUUCAGCCCAAUGAAUGGAGUCACUGCGUGAAAUGCUGAUGUCACCUGCAUUGCUGUCCUGAACCCACGAAUGUAAAGAUUUCAACUUGUAAUACAAGCAUUUUGUAUUGUGUGUAAUUCCAUGUGUAAAAAAAAUAGUUUAAAAAC